AUUUGAUUAAAGUUAAGAGAUCAUUGACACAAUUUUCUCCAAAUGAAAAAAAAAGAAGCAAUAACCGUGUAGGACAUAGGAGAUAAGAAAGCAAUCAAAAUGAUAAAACAAUAUGACCCCACGAAAAAUAAAGAGAGAGGAAAAAGAGGAGUCUAACUUUCCUUUUGGGCAGAAGGAAGAAGACUUCGUUAGGUCUUUCAGUUUCAACACCUAAUUAUCUCAGCAAAUUGAAGAGCUCUAAAGUAGUCUAGAUCUGUUGAUCUUAAUGAUCUAUGGAAACAAGUCCCUUCAUCUUCAUCAUCAUCUGAAAACUCCAACGCGGCUUAAUUAUUCCAUCGUUCAGUCUGGAUUUGUUGAUCAUAAGUGCAAACAAGUGCCCUCAUGACCUGAUUGACUCCCAUGAAACUGCUUCUUGCUACAGAUCAUGUCCAAUAUUCGUGCAAGUUCGAGUCUUGAAACGUAGGAUUGCAAGUUCUGCACCUCAAUAUUGCUCAAGAGCGAUUCGGUCUUUCUUUAACUGCUUGGAGUAAUCCUCACUCUUAAUAUGGCACUGGGAGAGGUUUUUCUUGCGGCGUUUCUACAGUUGCUGCUCGACAGGUUGACCCCUCGCGAGAUUCUUGAGUACGUUGGAAACGUCCGGGGGGUCGGACAGAAGCUGGAGAGGUGGAGGACCACGUUGUCUACAAUCGGAGCGGUGCUGAGCGACGCCGAGGAAAGGCAACUGACUGAAGGUGGUGUGAAACUGUGGCUGGAUGAUCUCAGAGACCUGGCCUAUGAUAUCGAAGACAUGUUGGACAAAUUUGCCGUUAAAAUGUUGAAGCGCAUGAUAGAGGGACGUGAUCAAGCCAGCACAAGCAGGAAGGUACGGAGAUCAUUUUAUAAAGUUAAAUUGAGUUUUGAUAUGAACUCCGAAAUGAAGAAGAUUACGAAGCGGUUGCAAGACAUAUCUGAACGGAAAGAUAAGUUUGGCUUGAAAGAUACUGGGACGUCUGCUAAGGAAUCUCGAAGUUUACCAAGUUCAGGUGUGUUAGAUGAAAAGCUUGUUGUUGGAAGAGAUGGUGACAAAGGGAAGAUUAUUGAAUUGUUGAAAAAGUCUACCGAUUUUGGUGUAGUUGCUAUAGUUGGCAUGCCCGGAGUUGGGAAGACGACACUUGCUCAACUUGUAUUCAACCACAAAAAUGAUGCCAUGAAGGAGUUUGAGCUAAAGGUGUGGGUAUCUGUGUCUGAUGACUUCAAUGUUGUGCGAGUGACAAAGGAAAUUCUUGAAUCAAUCACAUCCCGACCCGUCCAAGUGGAGGGGUUUAGUAAAAUGCAGCAUGAUUUGAGUGAGCAAUUAAGAGGAAAAAAGUUUUUAAUCGUUUUAGAUGAUAUCUGGAACAAAGAUGACUCUGAUCUAUACGAUCUCUGGACAAGACUUCAAUCCCCUUUUGGCAUCGGAGCAGGAGGAAGUAAGAUUAUUGUGACAACCCGUGAUGUGAAUGUUGCAAAGAUUAUGGGAGCCACUGGAGUUCAUAAUUUGGAGUGUAUGGCAGAUGGUGAUUGUUUGGAAAUAUUUGAGCGACAUGCGUUCAGGGGAAUUAAUAAUGGAAAGCCGGUAAAUUAUGGUUUAAUUAAGACAAGAAUUGUUGAAAAAUGUCGUGGCUUACCAUUAGCUGCAAGGACUCUCGGUGGUCUUUUACGUUGCAAAGAAAAAGAUGAGUGGGGAGAAAUAUUGAACAACAAGUUAUGGAAUCUAGCAGACAAGAGUGGCAUUCUCCCCGUACUAAAGUUGAGCUAUCACUAUCUUCCAUCAAAUUUGAAGAGGUGUUUUGCAUAUUGCUCAAUACUUCCAAAUGACUAUGAAUUUGGGGAGAAGCAGCUCAUUCUUUUGUGGAUGGCAGAGGGUUUGAUUCAACAAAAACAUGAUGACAAUAAACAAAUGGAGGACUUGGGCCGCGACUACUUUCGAGAGCUAUUAGCAAGGUCAUUGUUUCAAGAAUCAAGCAAAAACAAUUCACGAUAUGUAAUGCAUGACCUCGUUAAUGAUUUAGCACAAUGGGCAGCAGGUGAAAUAUGUUUUAGGUUGGAAGAUAAGCGAGGUGAUAACUUGCCAAGCACUUGCUUUCGAAGGGCUCGCCAUUCGUCUUUCAUUGCUGGUCAAUUUGAUGGAUUUACGAGAUUUGAGGCCUUUCCAAAAGCUGAACAUUUGCGAACAUUCCUGCCACUUUCACUUUCAAAUUCCAGGGUAUGGCACACAUAUUUGCCUCGUAAGGUUACUUUUGAGCUAUUACCACAGUUGCAAUACUUACGAGUGCUCUCGUUCAAUGGCUACAAAAUAACUGAGCUGCCAGAGUCAAUCGGUGAUUUGAGGUUGUUACAGUAUCUUGACCUUUCCUAUACAUAUAUAGCCAGUUUGCCUAAAUCAACAAGCACUCUUUACCACUUGCAAACAUUGAUAUUGGAAGGUUGUUCUCAAUUGAAGUCAUUGCCCGCGAACAUGAGUAAUCUAAUUAAUUUGCGCCAUCUCAACAACUCAUAUGCAUCUUCGUUGAAAGGAAUGCCUUCGCAACUAGGUCGAUUGACAAAUCUACAAUCACUGCCUCUUUUUGUGGUGAGCGAAGGAAGUGAUCAUUCAGGGAUAAGAGAGAUAGGGCCCCUAUUGCAUCUCCGAGGGACAUUGUGCCUCUCAGGAUUGGAGAAUGUGACUAAUGUCGAGGAUGCCAGGAGGGCCAACUUGAAAUGCAAGGAGAGGCUUGAUUCACUGGUCCUAAAAUGGUAUUAUUCAAGCGACACGAGAGAAACAGAAUCCGCUGUGCUUGACAUGUUACAGCCUCAUACAAAGCUCAAGGAGCUCACCAUCACGGGUUAUGCCAGAGAGGAAUUUUCAUCAUGGGUUGGAGGUCCAUUGUUCUCUAAUAUGGUGCUUGUGCGCUUAGAGGAAUGUAACAAUUGUUUAUCGUUGCCACCUCUCGGACAAUUGCCUCGUCUCAAAGAGCUUUAUAUUAGAGGAAUGAAUGCAGUCGAAAGUGUUGGUGCUGAGUUUUAUGGUGAGUGUGUCAUGCCUUUUCCGCUGUUAGAGAUUCUCAAGUUUGUGAAUAUGCGGCAUUGGAAGGUGUGGCUUCCUUUCCAACUGGAUCACGGAAGUGGUGUUUUCCCUUGCCUAAAAAGGCUUUCAAUCAAGGAAUGUUCUAAGUUGGAAGGUAAACUGCCAGAGAAGCUCGAUUUGUUAGCCAAACUUGAAAUUGUUAAAUGUGAGGAAUUGACGGUUUCGAUUGCCAACUACAAACAGCUUCGUCAGCUAAACAUUGACGGUUGUAAAGUGUUGGAACAUACGGCUGCUAAGGUUGAGUUUGAGUUAUUAGAGUCCUUGUGCAUUUCAAACAUUUCGGAGGUGAUGUCUCGGCCAACAGGGGAAUUGUUCAGAAAGGGACUAAGCAAGGUUAGAGAUUUGAAGAUCAAUGGAUGUGAGAAGCUGACGUCUUCACUGAAGAAUGAGGCUAGAUUAUUGCAGUGGUUGACUUCUCUUGGCCGUUUGGAAAUUGAAGACAACUCUCGUCUAGUUGAAGAAUUGGGAGAAGAAGCAGAGGAGUUGCUGCAAUUGCAAAUAUUGGAUUGCAAGCUUGAAUUUCUAAAGUUAAGAAAGUGCGAAAAUCUUUUGAAGCUACCAAAAGGGUUAAAUCAGCUGUCGUCUCUUCAAGAGCUUCGCAUACACGAAUGUUCAAGUCUAGUUUCUUUUACAGAUGUUGGUCUGCCACCUUCUCUUAAAGACAUCCUGAUUACAGAGUGCGAUUCGUUGAUAUAUUUUGCAAAAUUCCAGAUUCCCCAAAAUCUCAGAAGAAUAGAGAUAAGAAAGUGCAAAAUUUUGAAAUCACUAGUGGAUGAGGAGGCUGUUGGUUCUUCUUGGUCGUCUUCUUCUCAUAGUUGUCUUGAGUACUUGAAGAUCGAAGGAUGUGAAUCUCUGACGUCGUUAUCAUUGAGUGGCCAGCUUCUCAGGACACUUAAACACCUUGAGAUACUUGGUUGUGAACAACUGGAGCUAAUCGCAGAGGACAGGUUCUUCCACGACAACACUAAUUAUUGUCUUGAAUACAUUAUGAUCUGGAAUUGCCAAAAUCUGAAAUCCUUACCGGAUGGCUUAUGCCACCUCAGCAAUCUUCAACAGCUAUAUAUUUUCAUUUGUGGAAGUCUUGUUUCCAUCCCGAGACUGAGUGGGGGGAGAAGACCCUCCAACCUGAGAGAGAUCUAUAUAAGAGGUUGCGACAAAUUGGAGGCAUUGCGCGAAGACAUGCACAAUCUCAACUCUCUGGAGUACUUGAGCAUCGACUACCGUGAAGGUUUGACUUUUCCUCCCAACCUAACAUCACUUGCAAUUGGAAAGGUCAAGAGCUGUAAGUCAUUGUGGGAGUUGGAGUGGGGGUUGCACAGACUCACCUCUCUUACAUACUUGUAUAUCGACAGUGAUGACCCGAAUACGGUGUCGUUUCCACCCGUCAUGGUACGGAUGGAGACGCUCAAAUUUCUCGCUCAUCUCAUAAUAAAAGGAUUUCCGAAUCUGAAGAAACUGAGCAGCAAGGGCUUUCAAUUCCUCCCCUCCCUUCAAUCUUUGAAACUCUCCUAUUGUCCAAAGCUAGCAUCCAUUCCAGAGGAGGGUCUGCCUCCUUCACUUACGAAACUUUGGAUCUAUGAGUGUCCAGUGCUAAAAGAGAGAUGCCAACCAGGAAAAGGACGCUACUGGCACAAAAUAUCCCACAUCCCUUGCAUACAGAUAGAUGGCACACUGAUAUGAAGCUGAUGGUCCAGGUAUCAUCUCUCGAGGAAUGUUUUAAUAUUAAUAUUAUUAUUAUUAUUAAUCAUCUUUAUUCUUUUUUUUUUGGGUAAUUAAUCAUCUUUAUUCUUGUAAAGUAAAGUAAUCCACAUAUUUUGGGUUGGGUCAAGGUUUUGGGGGUUGAGGAGUGGCUGCUUUGGGAGGUCUUCAAUUGGCUGACAACCUGGAUAUUUCUUGGCCAACAUUUCUUCUCCCGGAUUCCUAUAUUUUGCUUUUUUUUUUUUUGGUAAACGAUUGCUAUGUUUGCUUGGCCCCUUUUCACUGAUUUGUAUUAUAACUUUGUAAAUCAGGCCACUUUCACCUAAUGUUUUAUUUUAUUUUAGCAAAUUUUGACUUAUGAGC